AAACAGAAACUUUUAUUUAUUUUACACAUAUCGAGAAAAGUGAUUGCCGGCUACAGAGGCAGAGGCAGAGGCAGAGGCACAGGCAGUGCAGCAGCCGUCGAGCACAAGCAGGGGAUGGAUGAUGACUGAACUUAGAAACUAGUGGAAUAGAAGAGGGCCAAAGGACCACGCGCAACCAAGCACCGAAGCCAUCAAAGAACAUAUCAUUUUGUGAAGGAACCUAGUAUCAGUAUUAACAGCAUGUUGGACAUCACUUGGCUACCCACCGCCUGCGGCUCUCUGGCACCUGCCCUGAUACCGCCGGCACACAUUGCCAUUCUGUGGUACUUCUGGGAGAACUACUCCCGGUACGUGGACAGGCACUUCUGCACUUGCUCCUGCUGGGACACCGUGUUCAAGGGCCCCUACGAGUCGGGGGUGGCCGCCUACAAGCACAUGUACUUCAAUGCCACUCCCAACAGCUUCAAGAUGUGGAUACUGACCGUCUUCGCUGUGAUUGCCCUGUACGAGUGCAUUAAGCGGCUCAUCGCCCUGAUCCUGCAGAGCCGCGUGCGGUACUCGAUGCUGCUGCUCUUCCUGCUGUCCAUCUUCUCGCACUACUACGCCUGGUGGGCGUACAUCAACUACUACAACGACGACUACUACAACCAGUGGAACCACCAGCUCUUCUUCACGAUUACCGAACUGUUCUCAACGGUGCUGGUGAUGCACCUGGCCAGCACCACUAAUGUGGUCACACCGAAGAAGGUCUUCUGCAUUGUUGGCAUCGCCCUGCUGCACAUCCUCGCCAGCAGCUUCGAUCAGUUCUUCCUUAAUGUAGUGCGAGGCGAGGGCUACGCCCACCAGAUAGUGCGGGACAUUGGAUUCAUGGUGCCCGAUCUGCUGCAGCUCUUCGUUCCGGUAUGGCUGCUCCGUCAAACGCGACGUGAGAGCUACUCCACGCGGCCCUUCUAUCGGGAUCGGAAGCUGCAUCGCGACAUCGUGGCCAUGUUCUGCCUGGUGUCUCUGCUGUUCGUCCUGUGCACGGUUUUGUGAGAGCGAAUCAUGCUGGACGCCUACGAGGAGACGCACGGCAAGAUCGAGCCCGUGCAGGAUGCAGCGGUGCAGCUGCUGAACCGAUAUCGAAUGCUGGCCAGUGGCAAUAUCCACAACUAGAGACAGAACUGACGGACCCGCAUCGAGGUGGACUGGAGAGGACAAUAUGCAGCACUUGGCAGUAAGUGCAGGGCGCCAACACGUCCCGAUUCCUGUAGAAUUUUGUAUUUUGAUUUACCAUUUGUGAUAGUUUUUCUUGUCGUGAGUGUUCUUUCUGAACAUUUUGUUUUUUUUUGUGGUUUUUUUUUGAAGUGUUGAAGCAUAUCGGUAAGCAUAAUCAGCUAACUAAUCAAGGUACAUAAUCAAUACAGA